AAGGGGAAGAAGAGAGGAGGAAAAGAGGGGGGAAGCGAUGGAGAAAGAGAGGGAAGAAAAAGGGAGAAAGAGAAGAAAGGGGGGAAGAGGGAGGAAGAAAGAGGAAAGGAGGAAGCCGGGAAAGGGAGGGCGGCACCUAAUUCUUGACUACAGCUCGCCAGUCCAGGGGCCACCUCGCUCCUCUCUCUGCCGCAAGGAGGGAAAGCUGUAGAUUAUGGGCACCUGAAAGAGAGGGAUCCCUCCAGGCUGGCUGAGGUUUAAUUACUGCCCACCUGCCCCGUCCUGUCGGCUGCCCAAGGCCAAUCACGCGGGGCGGUCCAGGCCGCCGACUGGGCAUGGACAGGGGCAUUGGCGGGAGCGGAGAGAGGCAGAGCUGGGACGGCCAGGCCCGCCUGGCUGGGCUUUCUCUGGCUGGGGGCGGGUUCUCAGCUGGAGGAGGGGGAGUGGGCAUCGCGGCACCGCCCCCUUCCUGCCCCUGCCCCACCCCCUGGCCCGGUCUGGCUGCCCUGCCCUACUCUGCCCUGCCCUUCCCGGCCCCAGCAGGGCGGGUGGCCUGAGCCCAGGCAGCGACAUGAGGAGCCCCUGCCCCGUUGCCAGCCCGGUGGCCGCUGCGCUAGCUGCUGCUCUCUCUGUGUUGGGGAUGUCGUCCUACAAGCGGGCCACGCUGGAUGAGGAGGACCUGGUGGACUCCAUCGGGGAGGGCGAGGUGUACCCCAAUGGCAUUCAGGUGAAUUUCCGAGGCUCCAGGAAUGGCCGGAGUUGCUGGACUGAGAGAACCCAUGUCGAGAAGCGCCUCUCAGUGGUGAUUGGUCUUUUGGUCCUGGGGCUGUUGGCAUCCUUGGCGGUCUUGGCCUUUCAGUACAAAACAAGACCCCCUGCUCUGUGCCUGAGUGAAGCUUGCAUCUCCGUGACCAGUUCCAUCCUGAGCUCCUUGGACCAAACAGUGGACCCCUGCCAAGAUUUCUUCAGCUAUGCCUGCGGGGGCUGGAUUAAAGCCAAUCCUGUGCCUGAUGGCCACUCACGAUGGGGGACCUUCAACAACCUCUGGGAGCACAAUCAAGCCAUCAUGAAGCAUCUCUUGGAAAAUGUCACUGCCAGCACCAAUGAGGCUGAGCGCAAGGCUCAGCAAUAUUACCAAGCCUGCAUGAAUGAGAGCAAGAUCGAGGAGCUGAAGGCGAAGCCCCUCAUGCAGCUGAUUGAGAAGCUUGGUGGCUGGAAUAUCACAGACCCAUGGGACAAAGACAACUUCCAGGAGAUCCUGCAAGUGGUCACUGCUCACUAUCGUACUUCCCCUUUCUUCUCUGUCUACGUCAGUGCCGACUCAAAGAACUCCAACAGCAAUGUGAUUCAGGUGGACCAGUCUGGUUUAGGAUUACCUUCAAGAGAUUAUUAUCUGAAUAAGACAGAAAAUGAGAAGGUCUUAACAGGCUACCUGAACUACAUGGUGCAGCUGGGCAAGCUCCUAGGAGGGGGAGACGAGGAAUCCAUUCGUUACCAGAUGCAACAGAUCUUGGACUUUGAGACAGCGCUGGCCAACAUCACCAUUCCUCAGGAGAAGCGCCGAGACGAGGAGGUGAUUUACCAUAAAAUGUCUGCCGGAGACCUACAGACUUUGGCACCUGCCAUCAACUGGAUGCCCUUCCUUAAAACCGUGUUCUACCCGGUGGAGAUCAAUGAAUCAGAGCCUGUGGUGGUCUAUGCCAAAGAAUACUUGGAGCAAGUCUCCAACCUCAUCAACAAUACAGACAAAAGCCUCCUGAACAACUACAUGAUCUGGAACCUGGUGAAAAAAACGAGUUCUUUCCUGGAUCAGCGUUUCCAGGAUGCCGAGGAGAAAUUCAUGGAGGUGAUGUACGGGACAAAGAAGACCUGCCUUCCUCGAUGGAAGUUUUGUGUGAGUGACACAGACAGCAACCUGGGCUUUGCCUUGGGAGCCAUGUUUGUAAAAGCCACCUUUGCUGAGGACAGCAAGAAAAUAGCCAGCGAAAUGAUCUUGGAGAUCAAGAGAGCAUUCGAAGAAAGCCUGACCACCCUGCAGUGGAUGGAUGAGGAUACACGGAAAUCAGCCAAGGAAAAGGCAGAUGCAAUCUACAACAUGAUUGGUUACCCCAACUUCAUCAUGGAUCCCAAAGAGUUGGACAAGGUCUUCAAUGACUACAAUGCCGUACCAGAUCUUUACUUUGAGAACGCCAUGCGAUUUUUCAACUUCUCAUCCAGAGUCACUGCAGACCAGCUCAGAAAAGCUCCCAACAGGGAUCAAUGGAGUAUGACUCCUCCCACGGUGAAUGCCUACUAUUCGCCCACCAAGAAUGAGAUCGUGUUCCCAGCUGGAAUCCUGCAGGCUCCAUUCUACACCCGAACAUCACCCAAGUCGCUGAAUUUUGGCGGGAUCGGGGUGGUUGUAGGCCAUGAGCUGACUCACGCCUUUGAUGAUCAAGGGCGGGAGUACGACAAAGAUGGCAAUCUUCGGCCCUGGUGGAAGAACUCCUCGGUGGAGGCCUUCAAGCAGCAGACUGAGUGCAUGGUGGAGCAAUACAGCAACUAUACAGUCAAUGGGGAGGCGGUGAAUGGCCGCCACACACUAGGAGAGAACAUCGCAGACAACGGAGGCCUCAAGGCAGCCUAUCGGGCCUAUCAGAACUGGGUGCAGAAGAAUGGGGAGGAAGAGACACUGCCAACCCUUGGCCUCACCAACAACCAGCUCUUCUUCCUUGGUUUCGCUCAGGUCUGGUGCUCCGUCCGUACCCCCGAGAGCUCCCACGAAGGCCUCAUCACGGAUCCCCACAGCCCCUCUCGCUUCCGCGUCAUCGGCACCGUCUCCAACUCCAAGGAGUUCUCAGAACACUUCCAGUGCGCCCCUGGCUCCCCAAUGAACCCCCAUCGAAAGUGUGAAGUCUGGUAGAGGUGAAUCCAAUUGAAAGGAGGAGGAUGGAGAGUUGUGGGAAAGCCAGGCAGGACAAAGACCCUGUGGGGGAGGCAGGAAGGAGGGAAUGAAACCGUUCACCCCAUCUGUCCAGUGUGGCCCUCCUCCUUGCCCACGAACCCUCCCUCCCCACCUCUGAAGAGGGUCCCAAACCAUGGGCUUUUGGUGCCCACCAGAGAUUGGAACCACUGUGAAAACCCUUGUAAUCACAAAUCACUUGCGAGUCAACUCUUACAAUGGCGAUGACAGGUGUUUGCGUGUGUGUCUGUCCGUCCAGCUGCUUGGGGACAAGGACAAGGAAUUGGCAUCCUUGUCUGGCUUUACUUGUCCCACCUAUGCUGGGUGACGAUGGAUACACCCACAAACACCACCGUGUUAAGUGCUUUAAAAAUCUCUAUUUUGGGGAAAUUCUUUUUGGAACGUUGUGGAAUACACUGGAAAUCUUCAGGGAAAAAUGCAUUUAAAACACUUUUUUUUUAAGGAAAGGAUUGGUAUAUUUAUUAUGGUGUUUUUUUAAUGACCUGUGGACAAGGGAACCCCCACAAUGACAACCCUUUUCCAGCUCCCUUCUCUGGUGGCUGAAUUGAGGCAGGGGCUAGUAGUGCUGAGCUGAGCCCCAGUCUGGGGGCUGGGGGGGCGGGGCAGAGGAGAGUCCAGAGGCUUUCAGAGUAACUAUAGGACUUCCUUCUUCCGGCUCCUUGGGGGUCCCCUUAAGUAGAAGUAAGAGUAAGAGAUCAUCAGGAGGAAAGAAUCAAGAGGGCAGAAUCAUUCUCUAGCACUUUCCCUCUUCGCCUCUCCUUGGCAUCUAAAUCCUGAAGCCCCAGGGCUCAGCCAGUGAGAGCCCUCUGAUUUCCCAGAAGGGGAUGGGAGGAGGGGAAAUUGUCCCAUCCCCUUUUAUGGGCCAGUUUUAAAGGGAAUUUAGAGGAGAAGGAUGGGAUUACUUGGGUCCUCUGCUUCUUGCCAGCAGAAACCACAAACCUCCCUGCCCCAUAAGAAAGGGAUGGUUGUAGCUUCAAGGCCAGGGCCUCCUAAGGCUUCAGCGCCCUGGGUUUUCCUCCUCUUUGUUGUUUGAUUGAUGUAUACCCAUUGCUGGCUCCUGCCCUCAGCCCUCCAGGUUCCAGCCAUUUCAGUAUCCAGCACUCUGGUCACUACAGGUCCAGGCCAGCUGGAGCCAGGGGACCUUGGGCUAUGCUGAGAAUCUGCCUGAGGAUGCUGAUGGAGAAAGAAGGGGGCUAGAGAAGCCCCUCUUGGCCUCUAAGUCUUAAGCUUAAGCCCCCUAGUGCCAUCCGUCCUCUCCAUCCUUGGCUGACCCUCCACACCCCCACCAAUUCCCCUUCUAGCUUCUCAGUGGGGCAGAGGUAACCUCUUGGGCACUGUCAGGCUCUAGGCUCCCCCACCCCACUCCCCUUCUUUCCAAGCUUGGCACUGUGGCCCCUGGGGUUUGCGGUUCCUGCCUCUAACUAAGGCCGAAUUGGUUCCCCACCCUCACCCCAUACCCCCGUAAUCCUAGGCCCAUCUCAGCCUAGUCUAUCAGUUAUCUAGUGCCUUAACUAGGGCUUUGCCCUAAGGAGAACCUCUUUUUCCAUAAAGAAUUCCCACCAAGUGUCUGACUGGCUUUCAAAGCCACCCACCUGUACAUGUACACACAUCAUCCCCUCUGCAUCUGGACCAAUUCCCUGAGAGUCCGCUGAGCCCCUGCCCCAGGUCAACCAAGAAACUUAAAGCUAGACCCAGCUAAAGGCUGGGACCCCAGAAAGACCAAGAGCCCUAAGGCGCAGCUCUCAUGCAGCUGCUGAGUUUCCUAAUUAGGGGCAAGCAGUAGUUUCUUCUGCCCUGGGCUGAAUGGGCUCCUGCUCCUCCCAGGAGACAAUCUCCUGGCCACCCUGCCAAGCCAGCCCCAAAGAUAGCAACUUUCCAGGGACCUGGUCAUUUCUAUAGAACUUUGGGGCCUCUUAGGGAGGGGGAAAGAAGUCAGGAAGGAUUUUUAAGGCUUUCUAAUUCACCUAGAACCCCAAGCUAGCUGACCGAGAUCCAGUUCCAAUAAGCUCUUUUUUCCUUCCCCCAAUUCCUCCUCCUCACCCCAAAAAAAAAAACCCAUGUGAGAUGACUUGACCAGUUUGACUUCAAAGGCCCACCUCCUGGGGAAUCUAUCUGUUCUAGAGUGAUGGUGUCUGAUGUGUGCCUUUUGGUGGUUCCUUUCUCCUUUCCUUCUUGUUCUUACCUUCCUAUUCUUCUCUCCUCUUUUCCCAUCUCUCCCUGGAUAUCCUUCCCCUCUCUUCCCUCCUCUUUCCUUUCCCUUCCCCUCCCCUUCACCUCACUUUUCCCCCCUUCCUCCCCUUUUCUCCUCUCUUCCUCCCCUUCUCCCCCUUCCUUCUCUCUUCCCCUCUUCUCACUUUCUCCUCUCUUCCUCCCCCUUUUCCCCUUUUCUUCUCUUCCCCCUUUCUCCCCUCAUCCAUUUGUCUCUGUCUUCAGCAGUUUCAGGGUAACGGGAAACCUGGUGUCCCAGCUGGAAGUGAUCAGGGCUGGGUAAUCCUUCAGAGGAAUGUGGAAGGUCCUGAUUGUUUCCACAUGCUGUGUGGGGCUUGGGGAGGAGGGGAGGCAAAGAAAGAGAAAGAUGGAAGGGGAAGACCAGGAGCCCCCAGGCCACUCCGCUCCCUUCUGCUCAGGGUGGGUGCUGCCGGGGCUCUGCCCAGAUGAGGACAGUGGGACUUCCUCGGGGCACACAGCCAGAGGUCAGGGGAUGCUCAGCCCAGUUACCAGGUGUGUGGAGGGAUGUGGGAACUGAGGGGGAGGGGCUUUUUAUUUUUAUUUUUUUUGUGCUACUGUAGUUUUCCUUGUGGCACUUUUGUAAUUGAAAUAAAGGACUUCUUACACGGGA